CCGCACUACCCUGAUGGAGCUUGAGCAAGCAUCUACAGCCAUCAACAAGUGGGAGAUGAGGCAACCUGAUUCAGAGAUCGAAGUGUUUGUUAUACAGGUGGAAGAGCAAUUCAACACUUUGGACUUAUCCAUCACUAAUGAACGGAGUCAACCCACUGUCCGCGAAGCAGUCCAGAACCGACAUGCAGGCCUUACUUCUGUGGUCCGAAACCUGAGGACUUACUUUGAGCAAAAACAAGAAGCGAUCAAAGGUGACCGAAAAAUGAAAGAGUUCCUUGAGCUCACUCUGACCUGUCAAGCAACUUUGCAAAAUUUCAAAACUAAACUUCAAGGCCCAGCACCCAUGACUGGGUUUGGUUUGAACGACACAAAGCCUUUCGAUGACUUUGCCACCAUGGUGCUUUCUAUUGGCAAGGCCAUUGAAAAUUUUGAAAAGAGUGAGCAUGUAAGCCUUGUAGAGAUGGGAGCACUUGUCACGACCAUGUCUGCAACUUCAAGUCUGAAACAGGAUUCGACUGUUAUUCAGAACAAGCUUCAGAGCGUCAACAGAUUACUGAAGGAGACCAAAGAUUUAAGAGGGGACCGCGAACGCGAUUCGGCCACAAUGACAGGAUGUCGCAAGCUGGCUGCCUCAUUGGUCGCUCUCGAUUCCGAUUUAAAUAAAUUGCAGGCAGAUUUUACAGCACUUGAGGACCUAGAACCUAGCCAACGUGAUGAUCUUAUUGAGUUGGGCCAUCGAUCGAAUCAGUUACGGAGCCAAUAUGUUCUUCUUGAGCAGGACAGUGUCUAUUGUCACUUGGUCCAGGAUCCAUCCUGUUCAAAGCUCCUUGAGGACAUUGCAUCGCUUCAGAUAUCAAUUCAGCAGACACAAGAGCGCCUUCAGAGUCGACUUGAAUUGAAGCAACAAUGGGAUCUCGCCUGGGAAGCAUUUUAUAACUGUACUGACUCUUUGCAAGGAUAUCUCAAUGACCAGGAGAGAGAAGUUAUUGUUCGGGAUAUCUUUGCUCUAGAUUCUCUUUCGCCUGAUGAAGCUAUUUGGAGAAAAACGGAGGAUUAUAUCCAUAGUGCCGAGGUGGCAAACGAAGAGACCUUGUCUAGACUCAAAGAAUUUGAGACCACACGCCUGCCAGAAUUGAUAGAUCUGCAAGGAGUUCUUAAGAAGGCAGUUGAGUCCGCUGGUGGACUUGAAAAGUUGGAUGUAAACCGUGCAAGGCGGUCUCGGAAAGCAGAAGUUAUACCUAAGAAUUUGACGGAGCAUCUAAACGACAUUUAUGCAAUGAACGCUGAUGACAAAAGCCUACUUGAUACUUUGCGAAAGCGUCAGCUCUGGGCGCAACACUUCACGGAGUCCACAGCAGAAGUUGAUGCACUGAAGGAUUCCUGUUUAAACGCCAUUUGUGAGUACACCGCGAUUCUGAAGCCGUGCGAGCGCAGCGGAGACACUGCAGGCCUUGACCAUACGGCUGCAGGACGGCUGCAGGAGCAAAUCCAGUGCCUUGUUUCUCUUGCUUCUAAGGAGAAGGAAGCACGGUUUCACGAAGCUGUUAAUGCGUUUACCUUACUGAAAGAAUCAGUUGCUAUAUCCAUGCCAAAGAGGGUUAUGCCCAAAUAUCUGGAAGACGAGCUGAUAGCAUUCAAGGCUCAAUACGACCGUCUCACUCUCCAUCUGGAGCAUGCUGGUCAGUUUGCAGAGCAUGCUCUUCAAGUCGCCUCAUACCUCGAGAAACAUGAUGAGCUUGACUUUAGGCUGAGCGCCAUCGCCAACGAGCUCAGAGCUGAGCGAGAAGCCACGACUGAGGCGAUUGUGCGAGCCAUGAAAGCAUGUGCGGAUUUUGAAAAGCUUACUGAGGAUCUCAAAUGCAUAUUUUCCACCAGCCCACGACCAUCAGAUAAGACUCCUUCAACAGUGUCGCUAGCCCUAAAGGCAUACAAGAUUGAUUUGGAGGUCUCGUUGAGGAACCGCCUUACCAACACGGAGAGCCUAAAGGACUCAUUGGAGCCCCUUUUGGUUGAUUACAAGAGCCUUCUUCGUUACCAGGAUCGCUUGCGCGCCUACAUUAAGGGUCUGGAAGGCCAUAAGCAAUGGCUAGACCCUGCAAAUGAGAAGAUACAGCGAGUGAAUGAACGUAUGCAAAUGGUGUUCAAGUCUUGGCCCAAUGAGGGUAUGAAUGCAAACGAUGGCUUUCACAUCCUCUCUUCUUCCGUCGAUUCAUCCAACAAUCAUAAUGACAAAGGAGGCUUUGCAGACUUGGAGGCACAGCUCAAAGAGUUGAACGCAUUGAAGACCGAGUUAGAGCAGGUUUUAGCUCUUGUUCGGGAUAAAGAGCAGGAUUUUCAAGUUUCCAAGGAUACUAUCAACCAAACGCUUCUGUCUGCUACAGCUCACUCAAGGCAGUUGCAAGUUGAGCUUAAAAAUGCCAUAGAGUUGAUUGAGAGCAGAAUCCAGUCCCUCAGAUCAGACAUACGUCACAAGUCUGAUGAGCUUAAAUGCCUUCAAAAACAAACAGCUUGGGAGCAGGAGCUGAAGGAUGCGCAGGAUUGGUGCCGAACGUUUGACAUCGCUGUUGCAAAUUUUGUAGAAGAUCAAGCGCAAUGGAAGGAUGACAGAGCUAAUACGGGCGUAGAUGGCAGCAGUAUCAUGGAUGGGUCUACAGAGUCUGCGGUUAUUGAGGAAUUACUUCGUCGCCUGGAUGCCAAAGUUUUGGGGUUUGAAGGACAGUUGAAGGAGUUUGAGGAUCAAAUUAAGCCCAGCGUGGAAAAGACUUGGACAGAUUUUUGCGGAUCCUUGGUGUAUCUUGACAGAGGAACCGUUCCUGGCGUGUUUGAAAAUCAACAGGCUAGUCUUGGUAAAAAAUACCAAGAGCUAUGGUCCAAAAUCAUGUAUAGUGCCGAGGUGGUAAAACAACGCAGAGUCCUCGAGCGUUUGAAUGCCCGUAUGAAUGAUCUUUCUCAAUUAAAAGCAGAUCUUGCUGCCAUGGCCGUAACUAAUAUCAACGAAAUUACUAUUGAUGGUGACAAGGGUAUGCAAAAACUUGAAGCAAAGAUUCGUGCAUUAGGUGCGGAAUUUGAAGCAGGCGUUGCUACACUCUGCUAUCCAGUAGAUGCCUCUAGCGAUGAAUCAAGGAUGAGAUUCGAAGAUAUUAACUCCCAGGUGCGUCGACACAUCCAAGUCUGUCGGACCCGCCUCGAAAACUUUAAUCAAACCCUCAACCAGGUUUUACACGACAGAGAGGUCAUGAGGAAACAACAAAAGCUGGAGGCAAUCCAACAGAGUCAGAAUGAGGCCAUCCAUGUUAAAACCCAGUACCUGGAGGACGCCUCGAGCUUGGUGGAAUGGGUAAAUGAGGCUACGAUAUUAGUAGCAAGAGUUUUUUCAGGCGACGAGAGGGACGUUGAUUCCUCUGAAGAAGGGAAACCAACAACAUCAACAACAGGUUCUUUGGUAGAGGAGAAGAAUGUGGACCAUCUCCUAUUCACGGCUGAAGAACUGUGUUCACGUUUUUCCCAAGAAGAGCUUAGAGAACGCAAUAUCAGAUUGGAGAAGCUGUAUCAAGGAGUCCACGAAAAGACGGAGCACAAGAAGGAUAUGCAGGUUCAAUUCCUGGAAUCCCAUACUGCUGACAAGCAAGAGUCUGAACUGAAAGUACACUAUGACAGAGUCCUGUCCCUAUCUGAGCCUUUGGUAGCCGAUAAUGCGACAUUCAGUAGCGAAUCGUCCCUCUAUGGACUUCAAGAAAACGUUAAACAAAAUCGAUCCACGAUUGAACAGCUUGAUCGUGACAUCUCCUCAAAGUUUUAUGAAUUUGAUGCUAAGGCAGAAGCCAUGCUCGUUUCAUUGGAACAGCAAUCAAAAACCCUUGAGGCUGCUCUGGAAGAACGUAUGCGGCUUGACGAAGAGGAACGCCUACGUGCCCUGCGAGCUAUAGCUGUCGAAGAAUUUGAAGCAUCCAAGCACAAGUUUUUGACGUGGUCCGAUAAUCAAAUCAAAGGACUGACUCAGCUCUGGGAUUCCUAUGGUUACAUUGCCAAGAAUGAGGGUACUCUAGAUAAUGCGGUCAAGACCUUGGAAACGGAGACAGAGCGUAUUGGCAAGGAGCUUUCGAACCAAGAAUCAGUUUAUCACGAACUUAAGGACACACUAGACACUCUCUUUAGCAGCGAAGAGUAUGUAGCCGAUCAUAAGCGGCAUGCUGAAGCCAUCGAUUCCGCUUGGUCAUCCCUCAAGGCUGAUUCUAAUGGCUAUACUACGAUCUUAAACCAUAUGUACCAUUGGUUGGCGCUUCAUAAUGCCCUUUACCGCUUUAAGAAAGAGCUUAGUCACCUUGAACAGCGCGUUGAAGCAUUGCCAUCAAUGGAUUGGAAUGCUUUCCUUACAGAAGAAGAAGCAGUCCGUCAGCGUAUCAUGGACCUUGAAAAGCAGGCUCACGAGAUCAUGGCUCGUGCUGAUGAAGCCAACGCCAUCAAAUUUGGUGUAGACAUACAGGCGAAACUCCAUAAGGUCCUGAAUGCUAACAAAGCCUAUUUCGAAGAGCAAUUAUCCAUGAUUUCGGGUCAUAUGGAAACUGUAAUAGAACGCAUCAAGCUUGAAAAAGAGAUUGCUCAUGAAAAGGAGUCGGAGAGGUUACGUGUCCUGCGGGCUAUUGCUGUCGAAGAAUUUGAAGCAUCCAAGCACAAGUUUUUGACGUGGUCCGAUAAUCAAAUCAAAGGACUGACUCAGCUCUGGGAUUCCUAUGGUUACAUUGCCAAGAAUGAGGGUACUCUAGAUAAUGCGGUCAAGACCUUGGAAACGGAGACAGAGCGUAUUGGCAAGGAGCUUUCGAACCAAGAAUCAGUUUAUCACGAACUUAAGGACACACUAGACACUCUCUUUAGCAGCGAAGAGUAUGUAGCCGAUCAUAAGCGGCAUGCUGAAGCCAUCGAUUCCGCUUGGUCAUCCCUCAAGGCUGAUUCUAAUGGCUAUACUACGAUCUUAAACCAUAUGAACCACUGGUUAGCCCUAUAUAAUAACCUUGUUCGCUUCGAGAAAGAAGGGCUUGGGCGCCUCGAUAGGCGCGUCGAAGCUCUGCGGUGGAUGCACUGGGACGCUUUCCAGCCUGAAGAAGAAGCACUUCAGCAGUGUAUUAAGGAUGUAGAAGAUCAGGCUCGUGAUCUUUUAAUUCGUGCUGAUGAGGUCAAUGCGAUGGGGCUUGGUUCAAAUAUUCAAGCUGAUCAUCAAGCCAUCCUUAAUGCUAAUAGAGUUUACUUUGAAGAGUAUUUUAGCAAGAUUCCAAAUCGUAUUAAGUCUGCUAAGGCUCAGAUGGAGAUAAUCCACGAGACCGCCAAAGAAAUUGCGCUCCAUGCCAAGUUCCAUGCUGAUCUCGUCCGUGUUGAGACUGCCAUUGCUCAACAGAUUGAUGCUGUCAAGGCUAGACUAGGAAGCUUGGAGCGAUCAAGUUGUUUUGCGCUCAACAGUAGAGCACUAGAAGCUGUAGUUGUGGCUGCGAAUGAAGUAUGUAUGGAUGGCAAAUACCAGUUUUCAGUUCUUCAAGAGGUAGAAUAUCCGGCUCUUGAACAGAUGGCCUUUGAUCUCGAUAUGCUUACGGUGCCGGAGCCAGCUGACGCUGAUGGCAAUAUUUCUUCGAUCCGGACCGGAGUUCAAGGAUCAAUGGAACGUAUUCGUGAUUCUCUAAAAAAGCUAGAGGUGUAUAUUGAGGAGGAUUGUUUCGAGACUUUGCUUGCCGCCAAAUUCUAUACUCAUUGCAAAGCUACAGAGGAUAUUCGACAGUGGAUCACAGCCUGUCGUGAAUCCAUGGCACAGCUGGAUCCGUUCCUGUCUAGCAGAAAUGAAGACUUGGGUGACAAAGCGAAGCGUCAACAGACCAAGGACUGGAAGACCCACCAUUUGGAGUCUUUAGAAAAGAAAAUGAAUGCGUUUGGUGGAACUGUCCAGCACUAUGAUGAUCUCUCAAGCGACUUUAUGCUUCUGCAUCAUCCCGACACGAGUGCCUUGGACCUCACUGAUCAGGUUGCGGGAACUACUCAGGAAGAAGGAACUCCACCUAUCUCGAUGCGUGUAAUUCUGCGUCAAACAGUACAAGAGCGCACGAAGCGUACUCGUGAAGACUGGGAGCUACUCAAGCAAGAAUUCUUGGCCAAAACAGCUGCUCUAGACGAGAUGAAUUCUGAGGAUGGAAAUGCUAGUGAGGUCUCAGAUUUGAACGGUACAGAUUUAGGAGAGCAUGGUCGUCGGGGGUCCUCAGCAGAUAAUGGCACCAUCCCAGUUGUCAAGGCUAAAGCACUGAGCCGGUUUGGAAAGGAGAUUCUGGAGGAUAUUACUAGGGUCUCGCGUGAAGUUCAAGAAAUGUUUGACUAUGUGCCUUCGUCACAUUCAGCUCUGUCUUUGGCAAUGGGAUCUGAUGGUACUUUGAUAAAGUCCAAGGAUGGUCAAGUCCGUCUAGAAAUGAUUGAAGCAUAUAUUCGUGAUGUUCUCCGGGCCAAAGUUGAACGGUUUGAUGCAAUGCUCUUGGCUGCAAACGAGCAGAAUGAGCAAGAGCAAGCCUGUCUUGAAAAUGGUAAUACUUCAGACCAAGGCAUUAGCACUCGUAGCCAAAUGCGACACCAUGAAAGAAUGGUCGGUGUGGCCAUGCAGCGUGGGCUCAUAGCAGAGUCGAUGAGUCGACUGGUAGAGUCUUGUAACCAUCAACGUAAAGAGGUUGAGGAGACCGAUCGAGUACGAGACGCUAUGGGUCUGAUCCAUGAGGCCAGCAUGCUCUGUGAUGAGAUGGCCAAGGCUCUUUCAACUGCUGAUGGCCUCUUGACGCUGUCCACUACAUGUGGUAUGCCUACUAGCGUAUCGCUGUAUAGCUUACCUUCGACAUCAUCAUCGUCUGUAUCCGUUGCAUCUAUACAUAAUGCCAAAUCACCGAUCGCUAGUCCUCGGAUGUCACCUGCAACGACUGUUUCUAGGGCUACCGCCAUAUCAAGAGAACGACGUGCUUCACGGGCAGCGAAGCGUCGAUCCUUUUCGCUCUCAUCCUUGAGUGAGGAGGAUGCUCAGCAAUGGGAAGCCAAUUACUGUGGUCUGAUGAAGGAGUUGGACAGAUUCACACAAGAUAUUGAACAGCGUUUGGACGCGGUUUCAAACAUGGCCGACCAUCUAAAUGAUUGGCGUCUGGACGAGAACUAUGGUAUAACGACUGAGCACUGGCAAAGGCUUAAGAAGUCUGCUUUGGCCAAGAAGGAGGAGCUGGACCGUAUUCGGGUAGGUCGGUCUGGUAGUAGUACUGCCAGUAAUGAGUUGAACCAAGGAUCAGGAGUCCAUCCCCUCGAUGGCCAGCUGUCGUUGUCGUCUCGACCCAGCGUGAUGCAGCCCACUAUCUCAUCCAGCAAUCGUGCCAAGACCAAUUUAGGUACGCCUCUGGAACCUUCUUCAUCUGGUCAACAAUCAUCUGAAAAAAAGCGUUUCUCGACCGGUAACAUCGUGUCGCGUGGGCCACCUGUACCUCCCUCAACAGCUAGCGGUGGAAGUAGGUCUAGUACAUCACGAUCAACAACAAGCGGUCGAAUGCGUUCGGGUACAGCACCGGGUCGAGCCACAGCCAGCCAAACAGACGUGAGCACGCCCAAGAAAUACACAAAUAUUGGCGUCUCUCCAAGUCUGUCCAGCCUCCAUGGCAUGUCGGCUACGUUCUCACAAGAAACCAAGAGACGCCCUUCUGUCGUCCACAAAAAUGACGAAGCGAUGGCUUUGGUUCCCUCGCUUGCUCAGAACAAUAAUAGCAACGGUGGCAAUUUAGAUGUGCCAAAUUCAUCAACUACAAGUAAGCAACGGAUGGUUUACAAACCUGACCUGGACAAUGCAUUGGAUGUUGAAGUGGCACGUGUGGUAAAUGCGAGCGGAUUCUUGAUGAAGGUUAAGAGGGUGAAGGAUAGUCAAAGCCCUUACUUAUCUGCAAGUGGCAACAGCACGGGUGCAAAUACACCUGGUGGAGGGAUGGCUAGAAGUCGAUCUGACUCGGCUUCGAGUCUUGUAUUGAGUGGGUUGUCUGAUAAUGGAGGGUAUGAAGGAGGCACUGAUGGCAUAGAUAUUAGUAGUCCACGAGCUAUGAAGGUGAUCCGAGAUCAGGGUCAAAAUCGGUUGAAUGUGUCAAAGCUUGAAAACAAUGGUAUUGAUGAAUACAAUGGACAGGUGGGACGAUAUGUGUUUGGAGAGAUUGAGCCCAAGGUUUGCUACUGCCGUAUCCUGAGAAGUCGUAAGGUCAUGGUCCGAAUCGGAGGAGGAUGGUGUGAAUUGUCCAAAUUCAUGGAAGAUCAUGCGUCGCUUGAGCAGCGGAAAGCCAAAGCCAAAUUGCUUUCAGCAUCCAACUCGUCAGUCUCGAUGUACCAUUUUGGUGGUUCGGCCCCUGUUCUUAGUGGGACUGAGUCGGGUCCGGCGAACCACACGUCUGUUGGAGGAUUGGAUGGGUCGUCAGACAGUCUAUCAGCUCACAGUCAAAUGAGUGGCGGUGAUAUUGGUGGUGGCGGUAGUGGUGUCGAGAGCCAUGAGGGCAGCAGCCAUGUUCAAGAGACAUCCAAGAGGAAUAAGAAGGAAGUAGUUUAUGCUAUUCGGCCAAGUGAUGAUCUAGCGCUCAAGACGAUCAAGUUUGUCAAGAAUGGUGCUGGCGAGGGACUUGUUGCCAUUUGAAAGAGAGCUUUAUUUCUUGUUAUUGACAAUUCAACAAAGAUAAUUGGGCGAUCAAGGACGCGUGAAAUUAAAGAAAGGGCGAGCCAUGCGGAGGGUUUUCUCUAAAUGCAUGCUGUCCAUUUUAUGUGCAUGUCUCCCAAAAUGACAGGGCGAAAUAAUUAUACGUAUUUAUAAAAAUAAAAAUUAUUAUUGUUGAG